UGCACAGUUGCACGUCAUGUCAAAAAAAAAGGGCUAAUACAUUUAAAGAACAACAGCCGCAAAGAAAUCAAGGAAGGUGAAAAAUAAAUAAACGCGUUUUUAUAUAGCUUCAUAAACCUCGGAGCUAAAAAAGCUUUUUCUACACUCUCCAAAAUGAAACUGAAGUUUAAAACGCCACUCAACCAGCAAAACUAUGGUGUCCUGACCCGGAAGCCUUGCAACACAGACCCAGGGAACGAAGUCAAAAACAAAAGCUUACCGUUGCAACCUAAUGCUGAUGAACCACCCGCCAUUGACAAUAAUUUACCGCUCAUGAGUAAUAGUUUAUCAGCCAUUGACAAUAGUUUACCGCUCGAGAACAAUAGUUUACCGCUCAUGAACAGUUGCUUGCCACCCAUUGACAGCACCUUAUUGUCCAAUGACAAUAUACUAUCGCCUCUCAAAAAUGUAGUACCACCCAGCAUUAAUAAUAGCCAGCCCAAGGACAGCAGGUUACCCAUGAACGAUAGAGUUCCGCCGACUGACGUAAAUUUACCAAUCAUGACGACCUUCUUGGUAGAUUUGCCCUUGAAUGUUAACAAGAUCGAUGUUGGAGGCCGAACUCAUAUAAUAUUGCCUAGAUUUACAACACAGUCAACAGUCGAAGAAAGAAAAACUCUUUGCAAAAUGAAUAAAACUGUUCGCAAAGAAAUAGCGCAGAAAUUAAGUGACAGGUGUGUUAGAGACGAAAACGAGACAGUAGAGCCACCCGACGUGUCCAAUACCGAUUCUGCGUCGUUAAACGUAUUUAAUCCGCAUAGAUGCCCUGAUAUCACAGACCCAUAUAACUAUUGUUGUGUAUGUGAUCGAACCUACCGAAAUAACAGGACAUACAGAACGCAUUUACAAAAGUUUCAUGGAAUGAAUUUGCCACCUUUAACAUCCUAUACAAAAGUUCAGCCCGAUCCCGAUGACCCAAAUUUCCAUUGUAAAUCAUGUCAGCGCAACUACCGGGGAAGGAAAAACUAUAGGGAUCAUCUGCAGCGUAUUCAUUUCUUGAGAUUACGAGACUGUCGAAUGCCCGAGGUUCACCGUGACAUCGAAAUUGACGUUAACGAUCCAAAGAAUAUCUUUUGCAUCUACUGCAAGACAAAAUACAGUGAUGUAGAUCAUUACCGAAGGCACAUGAAAAAGAUCCAUAAAAAUGGAAGAACAGAGCCUGUAAAAGGAAAAGCUAAAGUCAAUCCACUUAUUGUACCCGAUGUCUAUGAUCCCAAUUUCUAUUGCAAGUCGUGUAAAAUAACCUUAAGAAGAAGAGCUGCUUAUAGAUACCACUUGUUUAUUAUGCAUAACAUCCAAACUUUACAAUAAAUAAAAGUG